CCAUAUCCCUUGCUCAUGUCGCACCUUUCAUACUGAAGUAUUAAAGGCUCUUCACAGAAUAGCCAUGUUUUCAUCCCUCAAGUGCCUUUAUGUAAAUAUUUACUCUAGUAGAUAUUUUUCCCUCUUGAGUCUUCCAUUAAGAACCAAAACUCCUUUUUUAUCUACCAGACUUUGAUGUCAAAGCGAGUGCAGAUAUUACUCAUAAAUGUGAAAGUGCUGAAACCAAGUCUUCCAAUUUUUUUUCGUACUAAAAUAUUUUAUUUCGUUCAGCUUCUGAAACUGAUGAAAGUCGAAGCUAUUUAUUUUAUUGUGGCUAUUUUAGUUUUAAAAAGUCUGAAAAAUACAGAAACUCUAUGUGUGCUGAAUGGUAAAUCAAUUGUAUGAACAUUCUAUCGAACGUUUUGUGUCUCCAUUCUAACCUAAAGUCUCGUGCCUUUUCCUGCAUUCGAAGUCUUCCAGUCUCGACAGUUUUAUGAGAGAUUAUUUUUACCGCAUAGCGAACCUGACUCAGUAUUUGUAUUUUUUUUAAAGUUGCUAUCUAACUCUUUCAAUCGAAUCCUGCGACCAAAUUGUCUGUCAUCAUUUGCUUGAUGAAAGUUUUGAUCAAAACUUCAAAAAGUGGUAACAUGAGUGAACGUUUAGUCUAAUUUUGAAGAAACAACCUAUCCGAACAACAUGAAAAGUAACCAAUGGUUUCAAGGCUUUAACUCUGUUUGUCAAGUGCAGAAUAAAACGUCUCCAUCAUCGAAAAGGGGAAAUAGCAAUUUCACCAACUCUGCGCUUUCCCUAACUCCCAAUUAUGUCUUGCGGUUUAAUCGAGUCUCCAAAGUAUCAAAGUUUAAAAAGCUGCGUGCUAAGAAACGAAAUGCCAUGAAUGUGAAUCAGCACUGUUGUUGUGAUUUGAAGCCAUUACAGUUGAACCAAUCCAUGCCAAUGUUACUAGCUUCACCUCCUUCUUCCUUACCCAUGACCAAUUUCAAAUUGUGUUUUUUAACUCCUGUCAACGAUCACAAUUGCUCAUCCAAUUUCACAAGAGUGAAACAGCAGAAUGUCAUGCAGUCUGUUGUUAGUGUCAAGGAAACCCAUCAGAUUGCUGAAGCCCAGCAAGAAAAGAAUGCUAAACUUAGAGAAGCGUUUGGUAUUUCAGAAUAUUUUGUAGAAGGAAGUAGUUUGGAUCCCCAGAGGAGGGCUAAAGAAGCACUAGCAAAAUCAGCUGCCAAUCUUGAAUCAGUUUAUGCGCUUGUGAAGACACCAAGCCCUGAAAGAGAUGCAUCAAAAGAAGACAAAAAGUUGAAAUCUCGAGACAGAUCCUCAUCUCAAGAAAAAAAGAAAGAGAAGAAGAAAAAAUCCAAGAAACGUAAGAAAAAAAGCGAUCAUGAUGGUGGGAGCAAACCCAAGAAAAAAAAGAAGUCCAGUUCGAAGAAGAGUAAAAAGAAGAAACAUGAAGAAAGUUCUGAUGACAGCUCUGAUCCAUCUGAUGACAGCUCCUCAGAAAAGCGGAAAAGCAAUCCCAAACGCUCUGAAAAAGUUAAAACUUUGCCAAGAAAUCGCUCUGAAAGUAGGAGUCCACCCCCAAAGAAGGAUUCCCACAAAAGCAGAUCUUCACCAGCUUAUCAUUCAAGAAAUAGAUCGGACUCCUUUGACGAUCAUAAGAAUAGAAACUCCUCGCGAAAACACAAAGAUAAUUCCCCUAUCUUGAAUCAUCGAAGGAAAGAGUCAAUAUCUCCCCCUCGAAAGAAAAAGUCUGUAUCCCCAAGUUAUCAUAAGAGGAAACGAGGUCCAUCUCCACCUCCAAGGAAGAAGUCAGUCUCGCCCUCAAAUCGGAAAAGGAGGAGAUCCACUUCACCCUCUAAUCGUUAUAAAGAUGGUUCUCUUACAUCAGGGCGUCGCAGAGAACGGAAGUCCAUCUCACCGAGUCCUUUUAACAAGUAUAAAAGAUCACCCUCACCUUACAGUCAUAAAAAUAGGCGAUCAGUGACUCCUAAAGAUGAAAGAAGCUCUAAGAAUCCUCGAAAAAAGAGGUCUAGAUCAUCCCGAUCAGCCUCUGAGUCGAAAGAGAAACUCUUCAGAUCGUCUAAACGGAAAAUCUCUCCAAGCCCUCCGAAGAGCAAAUAUCGUAAAAAUGUAUCGAAGUCAAGAAGUAAGUCUGUUUCUCCACCUUCCAAGAGAAAUAGGUCUUCUUACUAUGGUUCGGAAGCUAGAAAUGUAGAUAGUUAUGAUCAUAAAAAAACUAAUGGCAGUAAACAUAAGUCUCAACAAGAGAACAGGAACAGUAGCCAUAAAAAAAUGUAUUCAAGGCACUCUCGAAGUUUAUCUCGGAGCAAAUCACCAGUUGUCAAGCGCAGUCCAAGUGAAUCUCCGCGAAGAAGUAGGCAGAAAUACCACGAUUUAUCGAAGCAUCGAAAUGGCAGCAAGAAAAAAAAUAGUAGGUCGCCAAGCAAAGACUCUAAGCGUAAAUCUAGGAAAAGUAAUUUGAGUGGCCAUCGUUCCAGGUCUAGCUCAUCGUCUCGUUUAAGUUAUUCACCGUUGGAUAAAAAUCCUGAAAGGUAUCGGGAUAUCCUCAAACCAAAGAUCUCCAAACCUCAGCCUGUUGUUCGCCUCAGGUCAUUUUCCAGUGAAAAUGAAGGUGUCGAUAGUUUAAAAAAGAAGAGUUCUGCUGAUGAAGAAAAUAAACGCAGUGCCUUGGACUUUCUCCAAUCAGCACUGUCAGCCAAAGUGAAAGAAUCUGUUGAGAAAAAACUUUCUAGCCAUAAAAAUAAUGUUGAAAAGUCGAUGAUUAACUUGUCAGCCAGUAAACAAAAUGAUUCAAAGUCACCCAUUGAACCUGUAAGAAAAUCGUCAGUCUGUGUUAAUAGCCCCAGCAGAAUAAACUUUGCUCUUCAGUCAUCCAGUUGCAAGUUACCAUCACCAUCAGUAGAGGACAAGAAAGGCGUGUCCUCGAAAUUUAUUAUUAAUUUAGACGGGUCACCUAAGGUCAGGAAAACUCCUGACAAUGUAAUUAAUUCUCCACCAUUAAAGAAAGGUGAAAGUGUUUCCGUCAAGAAAGAAAAAGAUUCGACUGAGAGUACAUUAUUACUUUCCCAACUAAAGGCUUUAAAAUCUGACAUUAAAAGUCUGAUUCAAAACUCCCCUGUUUCUUCUGUGAAAUUAUCAUCUCCAGGGAAAAAACAGAAGCUAUCUGGAGAAAAAGACUCAGCUUCGCCGCAUCUUUGCCGUAAAUCCCGAAAAAAGGACAGCAACCGAUCAGGAUCUUCUAGCAAUGAUGAUGACUCUCCCAUUCGCGACUCAUCUAGUAGCGACUCAUCAGAUUCAAGUCAAGAUUCAGACUCCAGUGAUAGAUCGUCAUCAAGGUCUGGCUCAGCAAAGAGGAAAUCAUCCUCAAGAUCUGUAUCAAGAGAUAGCAAGCGCAAGGGUUCUCCCUCUCGAAGCAGGAGUCGAAGUGGCUCCUCGAGGUCUGAGUCAAGCUCGCCAUCGGAGCGAGCAGGAUCUGUUCACUCUGUCGGCCACCGAGCCUCUAGAUCUUCCUCUAGGUCAGUUUCUCCAAAACGCCGAUCAGGUUCUAGAUCUGUUUCACGUCACAGUAAAGGAAGUGCUUCCAGAUCACCGAGUAGGAGCCAUAGCUCAUCCAGAUCUCGCUCCAGGUCUCCUUCAAUACCCCGACGUAAAGGUUCUCCGAGCUUUUUAGAUAGGCGACGCAUCACAAGCGCCAGGAAAAGACCAAUUCCGUAUCACUGGCCAACACCACCAACUCCAUCAUCAGUCAGUAGCUGGUCCAGUCGAGAAGCUCCAUCCUCCAGAAGCUGGUCCCGCAGUCCUGUUUACAGUCAUUAAUCCUAAUGUUGUUGCGUAGAAUUGUGUGAAAGCAUAUUACUCACACCCAUACCAGGUAUUCUCUGUACUUGAAGAAUUUUCAAUAAAAAGUCAAACAUGAAGUGUAAUGAUUAAGCUCAGAAACAAAUUUCCAACUGCAUAGAAUGAGGAAAAUCAUCUUUUUCACGUAAUUUAUCAAGCACUGAUGUCUGCUUCAGUCCUUAUCUCUUUGCACCAAAUGUUCUGAAAAAUUGUGUCUAACGCACUUCAACCAUUUGUCUGUUUUUUCUCUUAGGAUUAUCGAGUACCAAAGAAUCUUAAAAUUCUGCAAUAUCACUUUGUUCUAGUCAAAACUUAAUUUUAGUCAAAUUUCUAAUUGUUCUUAUUAUGUUAUUUAGUUGGUUAUGUAUCCAAAUCCAAAUUCUCCUUUUCUCAUCCGCUCGGAAUAUGCUAUUCUUGCUACUACAAGGAAGUUCAGCAUUAUUGAACUUAAUUCAUGACUUUUUGCAUAACCAUGGCAUAGAAUACGUUGUACCUAUCCAUGCUUCGUUGUAAAAAAGGCACCGACAAUGUUGACCUUAACUUAAUCUAGUCAAAUUUUAUGUGUUUCAUUAUAUCAUUUAUGCUCAGAUACUGACAUUAAGGUCAGUUUUUUAUCACAAGAAAAGACGAGCUUCUUUCAGAGCAUAUUUCAGAAAAUUAACCGGCUUGCUUGUAAAACUAACUAGAUGAAUUUAUAUUGUGAUAUUCAAUUUUUUUCCAAUAGUAAUUGUCUUUGAACUGCAAGUUUUAUUUAAAGACAAAAAAUGACAUGGUAUUAGCAUUUUUUGCUGUUCAGUAUUUUUCUCCCUUUUAUUUCUAUUUUUUUAGAAGCCUGUAUGCAUUCCAUACGUACCAUCUCAUUCCAUUGUUUCUUGAUGACCAUGAGAAGUGAAAUAAUUAAGUUGUUUCGUCUCAUAAUUGAAUGUAUAAGUAUUGAUGUGUUUCUUCUUUCGGUUGUUGAAAAGAUUUAUUCUUCAGCUAUUUAGAACUUAGAAUUGGUCUUUUUCUGUAAUUUAUUUUAUUUUAUUUUAUUAUUUAUUUUUUUUUUUUUUAUUGUUUUCAAUAUUUAUUGAUACCUACCCUUGUUAGUUAAUUUUUUCACGUUAAGGCUACAUCUUUUUUUAGACUGUGAAUCACUUGUUUGAUCUCUGUUUUUGUAUUUAAGCCUGAUGAUGUAUCCUAGUGUGUUUUCUUUGAGUGUUGUCCAAUCGAAUUUUCAAAUUUAACUCUCAGCCAAGAAUGCCUGAUCUGUUUUAAAAUUUAAAAGAGAUAGGCAGGAAAUUAGAGAGACAGUUAAAUUCAUCUAUACUUAAACGUAGAAGUAAAAAAAAAAACUUCUCUUUCCCAUUCAAUGUCUUGGGGAGCUCUCAUGAGAAGUUUUGCACUGCUAAAUCGAGAACAUUUCCACUAUUCUCUUGCAAGACAUUUCUAUACAAAGAAUUUCUCCUCUUAUUAAAUGAUGAGUUGCCUAUUUUUUUCAAUGAUAAACUUAUUAUAACAGCUUCUCAUGAUUUUAAAACAACAGAAAUUAGUGUAUUGAGGUAUCAAUGUUGUUCCCCUAUUUUAAAUUUAAUUCUUAGGAAGGAAUUUUUUAUAAGUUCAUUUUGUAAACUUUCUGAUAUCAGCUUCUAAACAAUAAUUUGAUCUCUUUAAAAUUCGGAAUUUUCUGUGUGCCUUGCCACUUAAAACUUAGCUUCUGGUUUCUUGGAUCAUAAUUUUGCCCCCCCCCCCCUCGUAUCAAUGAAUUCUUCUGUAAUAUAAAUGCAUAGAUAAUAAACUGUUUUAUUACUAUUUAGAGCCUCCCUCCCCCUCCCCCCCCAUCAAAAUAAUAGAAAGUGAAAUAUGUGAAAGACUGUUUGUAAGGUUGUCACGGAAGUUAUAUUCUUGAAAGUAUAACAAGAAGAGACAGUGUCAUAGAUGCAAGAAAAAAGAAGGCGAAGAAGGAAAAAGUUAAACAAGUUGAUUUUAUUUACAUGAAUAUUAAUAUCAACAGAAUUUUAUAUGCAUCUUUUCCAUUUUUCUGUUGACAGUAUUGUCUGGAAGUAUUUUAAGAACUUCACUCAGCAAGCUUUAGUAAGCAGUAACAUUAAAACAACAUUGCCGAAAAAUUCCUGGCAAGAUUGUAGCAAAAUACUACUGUUGUAUGCGUUGCUAGUAUGGAGCCGUAUUGCAAUAGAUAGCUUUCUGAUAAUGUCUCCCUUGCAACAUGAGCUGUAAUUUCUCGUGUUAAGUGAAACUUUGAGUCCUUGUCAUUUGCUCGACUCAUAUUGUUCUAAUGUUGUUGGUAAUUUCAAUCAAAUAUUGUUGAAGAAUUAAUUUAUUAAUCUAUUUAUUUAUUAUACCUGUAGGUAUGCUUUUAAAUCAAUCAAUUAUUUAUUUUCUUUUUGUUGCAUUUAUUAAAUCAUUCCUUUUGUAUCUCCAAAACAAUCUAAGUGUUUGUUCGGUUUUUUUUAGAAGUAGGCAAAGUUCAUGAACCAUGUACUAAUUUCCCUCUCAAUCUAAAAUUUGACAGGCAUUAUACCUAUUCCUCUUCUCAACAUGUUCAGGGUUUGAAGUACUUUUUUAACAAUGUUUUUUUUGAUGAUAUUUUUGGGCUACCUAUCAAUAUCUGUUGAAUUUUAGUAUUGUACUAGAUACAAUCCUCUCUCUGAUUUGAAAGCCCAAAAGGUUUCUCUGCUUAUUGAUUUAAAUUAUUUAAGAAAACUUAUAUUAAAUAUUUAAAUUCUUUAAAAAAAUUGUUUUAUUGAGCAUUGGAAAUAACUUUGUGAAAUUAGAGAUUCUACUCGACUCAUCAUGGGGGAGAAAUAAACAUCUAACCUCUGCUGAACUCUGGAUAUUGUUCGUUUCUCCAUGAGAUACCUAAUCAUUCAACAUUCCUCUUUUUUUAUCUCCCUUCUUAAAGAUAUCUUCGCUAUCCGAAAUUUUUCUUCAGUUAUCAUCUAGUCAAAAUAUGUGUAAGUAUAGUUGAAAUUUUUUUUAGCAAUGUUGCUGUAUUUGAUACAUUGAUUUGUUUUGUUUUUACUGAAUUUGUUUGGUUUUCGCCAGAAUACUCAAUAUCAAAAUACUCAUUACAUAACUGUCCCGAUAGUUGAUUUAUUUGUAAUAUACCAUACAUUCACAGCC